AUUAGUUUAAUAAAGUAAUGUAUUUUACCAGCAACGAAUCAAUUGCAACCUAACUAUAGUGAUUGUAUUUACAAGUUGCUGAGCGAAGAUAAUUGAUUGCGUUGUUAAGUAGUAUUACAUUUUGUUGGAUUAUAUGUCUUUCAUGUCUGUAGAUAUAACUAAAUUAAUGUUUUGGAGAGAUGAUGGUGGAAUGCCAAAGUCUAUUUUCCAUCACAGUUUUUAAAGAUCUAAGAACCAUGCUAUCAAUUUAGAUGAAUAUCAGUAAAGAAUUAUUUUGUUUUUCAGCUGAAGUUUGCAGAAUUUUUGCACCAUAUGCUGGCAGGACUUCAGGUAGCCACUGUACAACUGCAAAACGUCGAUCAAGCUACACAAGAUCCUACUUUUGUCUGGACAGCAUUGAUCAAAUCAUGGUACCAACAAAAGUAGAAAAAGAAAAACUAUAUGCAGCUGGCCUUGGGGAGAAAAAACUUACUUUUUUUGGUGAUGAAAACAGUGCAGAGGAAUUCAAAUGUCACAUUUUGACAGCUUACCCAAAACUGAAUAGCUGUGGUGGCUUUGAGCUUUUAAGAUUGUCUGGUAUGACCAGGAGCAAAAAACUUUCUGUGAUGCCUUGCCCGAACACAGGGUAUACCAUCAAAUCUAUCAAGGACCACAACAAGAGUGCCAUAAUCUAUAUACGUCCAAUGCAAAAGGACAUUGAUACAACUCCUGUGGAACCAGAGUCAGUUGUGUCUGGGCCCAAGGAAAGAUGUCUGAUUUGUGAAGAAGAUAUUUUUUUCUGUGAACUCAAAGAUCAUGUCAAAAGCUGCAGGUCUGCAAGUGAGAUCAGUAAAGCAUCAACAAGCAAUUAUCCUUCAGAUGGUCAGGAAUUUCCCAACACUACUGAUCGAGCUGAAGUGGACAUAGAUCAAUCAUCCACAGAUUCUGAAAUAGUACAGUUUAUUGAUUUAACAGAAGGCGAGCCAAUGCAGGAGUCCUUAGAUGAAUGGCGAUCCUUACGUUGUCAGCAGGAUCAAGAGUACCAGGAGUCUUUGCUUGCAGAUCAAGAAAAGCAUAAUAUGCAGAAGCAUUCUUUGGAAAAUGAAGAAAGACGUAGAAAGGCUAUACAUGAGAGACAGUUGAGAAUGGCUGAUGUUCCUGAGCCAGCUGAUGGUGUUCCACUCAGAUUUAAGUACCCCAGUGGCAUUACAAGAACAAGAAAAUUUGUUCUGUCUGAAUCCAUUCAGAUAUUAUUUGAUUUUGUCGGAGAAGAUGAUGAUGCUACAGAGUAUUUUCACAUUCAAGAUGCUCUGUCAGUAACAACUCUUAAAAGCAACAUGACUGGAACACUUUUGGGGAACAAUAUCAAUGGUUCAAGAACACUUUACAUCCACUGGAUUCAAAUUGAUGAUUUGGAGUUUGUCCCAGCACUUGAUUCCAACAAUCAAGCUGAAUCUCCCAGUGUCAGCAACCAGUUCUUUCCAAUGCCAGCAACUUCUUUUUCUUUGCCAUCAUCACCUACUUUUUUACCAGAGACGGACAGCUCAUUCUUUCAUGAAGGGACUGACCUUAAAACCAUCUUGAACAGACUUGGGGAAAAGAUUGAUCACACUUCGUGCCCGGCCAGCAAUCACAUAAACAUAUGCAGGGACUACACUGGCAACGUCCAUAACAUACUAAAGAGUACAGUUCAGGCCUUUAAGCGGCGAAAGUUUAAUCCUGAGGCCAGAUUGGAUGUCAUUUUUGUUGACAGUGAACAAAUAUCCGAAGGUUCAGUAGAUGGUGGUGGACCCACUCGGGAGUAUUUAAGAUUACUUAUGAAAGCCAUUCAUCAGUCCAGCAUAUUUGAAGGACCAGAGACAGAUAAGACACUGGCUCUCGAUAGUCAAGCCUUAGAAGGAAAACUAUACACACAGAUAGCACGGAUGAUAUCUGUGUGUGCAAUACAUGGAGGUGUGGCACCAAAUUUCUUCUCGGAGAGGUUGUUUAAUCAGGUGUGUGAUAAACCCACUGCCCGUGCAACAUUGGAUGAAGUGAGUGAUGUCACAUUCAAAGAAAAACUACUAAAAAUUAAAGAAGCAAGAACUGUUGAAGAUGCAAAAGCUGCAAUAGAGGAGGCAGAGGACAGCCUGGCUAUUGUUGGGUCUUGCAGAAUCAUCACAACACUGAAGCAGAGGGAUGCCCUUGUGCAAUCUGCUGUCAAUUUCUUUGUUGAGGGCAGAUUAAAUGUUGCAUUGCAACAGUUUGUGGAGGGCUUCACCACACUUGGACUCCUCAAAGAGAUGAGAGCACACCCAGAUCUGUUCCAUAGCAUGUUUGUGAAGGAUGUGAGGCCUUUGAAGGCUAGCGACCUCUCAACACUUUUCCAAGUCAGCUUUUCAGCAUCAGGGACACACAAAAGAGAGCUAGAAAACCAGACCGUAUGCUACUGGCGAGACUGGCUAAUUGAUGUUGAAGAAGGAGAAUGUGCGCCACUAACUUUGGAGAAUGUGCUCGAGUUCGCAUCUGGGGCUUCCACGAUACCUCCCUGCGGUUUUUUCCCUCAGCCCACAAUUGAAGUCUUUCCAGAAGAACUUGGCAAAAUAUUUCCUGAAGCAAAUACGUGUGUCCUUGUUCUAAAAUUACCGGUUCACAAAGACUAUGAUUCUUUUAAAGCACAAAUGUGCAAUGCUGUGCUUUGGGCACCAACAUUUGGAUUAGUUUAAAAAUGUACCAGGUUCAUUGUGCACUUUAUUUAUAGCUCAUUUUAGAAGUUUUAUAGUGCACUAUUCAACAUGUUAAAAUUAAGCUUUUAAAUCAGAACUGAGUUUUGUUGAAUUUAAGCUUUUAAAUAAGUUU